GAAGGUCCUGGAAGGCCGAGGGGACAGGCUGGAGAGGCAGAUGGACAGACCCAGCACAGAGGCCUCUGGCUCAGCCAUGGCUCCCACUCUAGCCCCAGGCCCCAGCUAUGCCUCUGGGUCAUCGGGCACCACUGUUAUCAACAGCUCUGACCUAACGGACUCGCGGGAGAUCAACUUCGAGUACCUCAAACACGUGGUGCUCAAGUUCAUGUCCUGCAGAGAGGCAGAGGCGUUCCACCUUAUAAGGGCUGUGUCAGUCCUGCUGCAUUUCAGUCCAGAGGAAGAGGCCAUGCUGAAACAGACACUUGAAUACAAGAUGUCAUGGUUUGGCUCCAAGCCCUCUCCCAAAGGCACCAUCCGCCCUUCCAUCUCCGCAUCCUCCAACUCCGCAUCCAUCAUGUCCGCAUCCCCCAACCACUGGAGCUGAGAUGAAGAGAGAGCAGUCAGGAGGACGAUGGAGGGAUGGAGGGAUACAGGGAUACAGGGACAGAGACAAGGAUGGAUGAACGGAGAGUUUCCCCUUGCAGCUUUAUAAGUCUGGCAUCUGCCCUGUGGGGUCUUCUGAGUGUUUGUUGAACACCUCUGAAAGACUGGCCAACCUGUUGUCCUAACUUCUUUUUUUUCCUUUGUUUUUUUUUUGGUUUGUUUCUUAAUUACAUCUAAGAAGAGAGGAGAAAGCGGAGACCCGCCAGAUCUACCAGAACACUAAACCUUUUCUGUUAUUUAUUUUGAUUUAAUUUGCGGUGAUUUCGUUGGGAGUAAAUGCAAUCAGGUGUAAGCCGGCUCACCUGCCUGAUGCAGAGGCCCUUCUUAGUUUUGCCUUCAUUUCAAGAUUUUUUUUAUUCUCUCUUCCUAAUAUUUCCCGUCUGCUAUACGCUCUCCGCUUCGGUCCUGCAUUUGCUGCUUCUGGGGUGCGGAAUUGCCUUGAAGACUGCCUUUCUCAGGACCCUGGGGUUCAAAGGCACACACACACACACACACCACAUGGGAACUAAAAAAACUCAACAUGGGCAGAGAACCUUCUUUUUUCCUCAACCAGGAGCGAGUGUCUAGCCUACCCUUGGAAACUAACAUCCUAUUUUGGCCGGCCUUUGUGUAUCUGUACAUAACAAUACAUUCCAUAUGACUAUUUAUAUAUGAAUGAGUGUAUAUAAACGUCAGAGAGAAUGAUUUAUAAAUCACUAGAUGUAUAUGGUUUUUUUUUUGUUCCCCCUAUUGCCUAUGUCUGGUCUGUAAAUGCAGUAUUUUACAUCAUGUGUCUGUAUAGAGGGGUGUGUGUGUGUGUGUGUGUGUGAGAGAGAGAGAGAGAGAGAGAGAGUGUGUGUGUGUGUGCGUAUGUCUACACUAAAUACAGGCUUUUUGGCGAGAGAAUAGAAUCUAAACGUCAUUUUAAUUGGCUGUGGUUUGUGCGAGUAUGCAUGCCUUACUUCGAGUGUCCGGGGAUCUGUAAAAGACCAGCACAGCGAUCAGCUCAAAGCCUUACGUGGCCAGGUGAAACCAAUCAGACAUCUUCAUCCAUCAGAUAUGAGAGGCUUUAUUACCAAGUCAACUAGCAUAUGCCGCUAAUCCCCGUGAACUCAAUGUGCUAACAGACUGCUAUGGUACAUGAAGAACUAUCAUGACAUCCAGAUGGGUUAAAACUACCUCUCGUUUCACGUGUAUGAUGUUGUCAGUGCUAUUCUUGCUGAGACUGUGCUAGUGUUUGUUCAGGCGAAGCGUGUUGUUAUGUGACGGAAAAGUUUUAUAAUUGACUGGGAGGAGAGCUGUGCUUCGUGGUAAAUGGUCUCAUGUUCCUCAUGUAUGUAGCGUAUUAUGGAGAUGACCGUCAAAAGACUAAAACUGAAACCCGGUACCACCAGGCUUCUUUUCUUUCUGGUUGUAUUUUCCUUAGAAAAGAUGAUCUCUUUCUAUAGAAAAUGCAGAAGCAUAAACAGGAAAACUGGUAUGUUGUGACAAACUGUAAAAAAAAAAAAAGCACCAAGUUCAAUGACAAAAGAACUGAUGUUGUUGAAAAAAAGGCUGAACUGUAAACUGAAGUCUGUUUGUGGCACCUAGUUUAUAUCAAAAAGAACCAAUGCUGUAUUGUUGAACAGAAAACUCGUCUCAUCCAACUGCACAAGCGUGAAGCUAACAAUUUGCUGAGAAUGACUGCAAUUUUUUAAAUAAAAAAGCUCACGGCAUCCUAGCAAUUACCACAACCCCACUAAAUCAUCAUGGUUUAUGACUGUCUGUGUCCAAUUGAGUCCUUAUCAUAUCAAAUGCCACUACAAAUGUCUGCAAAUGGCUUUCUUUCUCUUUACGUUGGUCUUCAACAUGUGUGGGUGUAGAUUUCAAUCUUUAAGUAUUGAUGCUCAAUGCAAUUUAUUUUCUGCCCAGGGGCAGGUUUGUAGAUAUACCAUCAUCAUCUUGGGUUUGAUUAAAGAGAUGUUUUUAAUCCUCAA